CGGAAGCAAAUCGGUCACGGUUUGUAAGUGAUUCAAUUACAGCAAAUUGUGUGUUACAAAAUAAAUUAAACAUACGUUUUAACCCAUAUUUAGGCGAGAUAGUAACCUUGUGCAACAAGCGUUAUACAGUAUCAUAGAUCAGUCACAUAAUAUAGUUUCUGGAUACUUUUCGGACAGUGAAGAGCGCAUGCCUCCACCGCCACAAGGUGUUUCUGUCCAGGUGGAGCUUCUGAAAAUUAGCCAUCUUCACUGUUGCAAUCAGAACUGAGGUACCAUGUCAGACUUCACCAUUGAUAUCCAGCUGACAGAACUAGGGUUCCCUGACAUCUUGCAGCCCAGAGAAAUUACCUGUGUGAAGGAAACACCAUCGCCUUCGGCCUCUAACAAUAUUUCCCCUGGAUCCCUGGCUAACCUCCAAAUCCCCAGUUCCUCGCCGCCUCCUGCUGCGCUCACCCCCACAGCUGUGGACCCAGAACUGGUCGGUGUAGAACAGCUGGUUUCUGUAGCCUCAAGGACUCCUUCUACAGUACAGCAGGUUGCCUCACAGACAGGCCCUCACAUUACAGUAACCCCAAGUCCCUCUGGGCCCCCUGAGACACUGACAAUACUCUGCCCACCCCCUCCUUCUACACACAAACCGGUGGUAGUGGCACACACUUCACGGCCUGUUAGUCCCAUAUUGCUACCCAAGAGUAUAGUAAGUGGUCAAAGCAAUAGCCUUCACCAAACCCCCAAAAUAACUAAAACUGUCUUGAUAUCUGUGUCUCGUGUUGGAGCUGGUACUGUGUUGACUACUGUACCAGCUCCUUCCACUUCCCCUGUUGAACACUCAAGAACCAUUAAGAAUGAUUCCAAGCUGCCACUGGCAGAACAGACUGCAAUGUUUCAGACCACUCCAAAACCUGUAAACACAGGGAAGCCAGGAAGGGUGGUCGCUGAGGAAGAAGAACCAGGAGAAAAUAUUGGAGAGGGAAUAGGAGGGAAAGAUGUUUUCGAUGAUGGGAAAGUGCAAGGACUGAAAGAGAAAGAAGCAGAAGUUGCAAAGAGUUUAGAGGAGGAUUCUGAGGAAACAGAUGACAGUGAGGUUUCUGAAAAUGAGGAUGAUGAUGAAGAGGAGGAGGAGGAGGACGAACUGGACCCAGAAGCAGAGCCUGGAGGUUCAGGCGAACACCGCUGUAGCGUCUGUGAUCUCGUCCUUUCCUCCAACUUCCAGCUCCAGGAGCACAUGAACCUGCACACAGGGGCACGCCCCUACUGCUGUGCCGAGUGUGGCAAGCGCUUCUGUCAGCUGGCCAACUACCGCUCCCACCUGCGUACACACGCCCAGCCCCAGACCUCAGUCCCACCCGUACAGCUCCGCUGCCGUGUUUGCCUGAAGGGCUUCGAUUCUGAGCAGGGUUUGAAGGACCACCUAGCCAAGUCCCACUUUGAGAAGGAGUUCUAUGAGUGUGACGCAUGCAAGCGCAUCUUCACCUGCCUGACCAAGUGUGAGGAGCACCUGGAGGAGCACAAGCGUGAGCUGGCGGACCACGUGUGUCUGCAGUGCUGCCGCCGCUUCCGCCUGCGCCGCUCUCUCCGCCGCCACAAGGAGCGGGGCUGUGUCCGCAGCUAUCGCUGCACUGACUGCCCCAUGAACUUCAGCCGCAAGAAUGCCCUCCUCAAGCACAGCUUCUCCCACCUGGGCCUGCUGCCUUACACCUGCAUCCAGUGCCGUGCACAUUUCCGCCUGGCCAGGCUGUACCGUAAGCACGAGUGUGAGCCGGAGCGGCUCCACUGCGUGGCAUGCCUGGGCGUCUUUCAGAGCCACAACGACUUCCAGAGGCACAAGAGGGAGACGGGCUGCUGGGGCCAGCAGGGGACCAAGGGGGAUGAGAUCCGCUGUAUGGAGUGUGGCCAGGCCUUCUCCACGGCUGACGAGCUGAAGAAUCACGCCGGGGCCCACCAGAGGGUUAUGACCUGCUCCGAGUGCGGCAAGGGCUUCCGCUCGGCCUUGAUGCUGAUGUCACACAUGGGGGGCCACGCAGGGUCGAGGCCUUGUCUGUGUAAGAACUGUGGCCUGGGCUUCCCUCACCAGCAGGGUUACGAGAGCCACCUCAAGGACUGUGGACGCAAACACACUCCUGUGAUGGCUCCAAAGAAACCACGGAAGGACGCACCUGCCGCUCCUUCCAAACCGCUAGCCCAGCUCGCUCCAAGUUAUCUCCCUGUCUCUGCUCCUGUGAAGAAACCAGCGAGACAAGCGUCAGCACCACUUUCUACCCCAGUGAGAAUGCCAGGCUCUGCCCCUGCCAGAGUCACUAUGGGAGUCUCUGCUUCUACCCCAGUGAGAAUGCCAGGCUCUGCCCCUGCCAGAGUCACUAUGGGAGUCUCUGCUUCUACCCCAGUGAGAAUGCCAGGCUCUGCCCCUGCCAGAGUUACUAUGGGAGUCUCUGCUUCUACCCCAGUGAGAAUGCCAGGCUCUGCCCCUGCCAGAGUCACUAUGGGAGUCUCUGCUUCUACCCCAGUGAGAAUGCCAGGCUCUGCCCCUGCCGGAGUCACAAUGGGAAUCCCUAACACCACCGCUGUCCGUGUGGUGAGCCCUGACCAACCCACCAAGGGUCUGUGGAAGCUCAGCCUGGACAAACAGCCUCCUCCUGGGGUGUCCUUGGUCAUGUUUGUCCCUGCCAACACCCCUCUGGCCUCUGGCCUCUCUGGCCCAUCCUCCACCCCCCAGCUCCCAGCUCUCUCAGGCACCCAGUCCCAGUGGAAGGUAUUCAACCCAGCACCAAAUCCAGGAGCCCCUCCUCCGGUGCUGUGCCAGUCCAGCUUCACCUCUGAGCCGGGCCUGAGCCUCAUAGCAGAGGCAAACCGGCGCUACUCCUCUGAUGCCCCGCUGGAUCUGGCCUUAAAGACAACUUACUACGUACAGGAGCCUGCUAAUUUACUACCUCUUGAUCUGUCUAACAAGUCGACUUGCUCCACUCCUCCUGCUAACCUUGUAGUCAAGACUGAACCGAGAGACCCUGGGUUUGCAGAGGAGACUGAGGAAGAAGUAUUCACAAGUUUAACAGGUGAUAAAAAGGGGAUAGUCUUUCAGAGUAAGAGGGAGCCAGGGGAGGAUUCUAAGAUGGAGGCUAUGGCUCAGAAGGGGGGAAAUAGAGAAGGGAGAGGAGAUGAAGACAGGCAAAAUGACAGCAGAGAUGAUGGAACAGCUCAGUCUCAAAUGAAGAAGGCACCAAAGCCGGGAGUCCCGUCAACACUGCGGCUCCUGACCGCCAAACAGACAGAACCUUUGAAGAACACUGCCAAAGUGGAUCAAGUGAAUCAGCUGAAAAUCGAGUCAGUCAGCUCUUUGCACUCCAAAAUGCUUCGGGGCUUAGUCCAUAUAAAGCAGGAACCACUGUCUCUAGAGCCUGACAGUGGAACACAGAGCUCAGACUUCUGUUCGUACAGCCCGCUGACAGCAUUGAAGAGGAAGAUGGAGCCAGACGUGGGGCUGGACUUGAGAUGGGAUGGGGGCACCCCAGGCUGUGUGCUCGACUUGAGGUUGAAUGGAGGGAACCCAGCCAGUUGUGAUGUGGUGGAGAAAGCAGAGGAGAGGAACAUGGAAGGAGACCGUGUAGAGGAGGAGCUUGAUGGUGGCGAGAAGGAUGGCGCAACAGAGGAGAGGAACAUGGAAGGAGACUGUGUAGAGGAGGAGCUUGAUGGUAGCGAGAAGGAUGGCGCAACAGAGGAGAGGAACAUGGAAGGAGACUGUGUAGAGGAGGAGCUUGAUGGUAGCGAGAAGGAUGGCGCAACAGAGGAGAGGAACAUGGAAGGAGACCGUGUAGAGGAGGAGCUUGAUGGUGGCGAGAAGGAUGGCGCAACAGAGGAGAGGAACAUGGAAGGAGACCGUGUAGAGGAGGAGCUUGAUGGUAGCGAGAAGGAUGGCGCAACAGAGGAGAGGAAAGCAGAUAUGGAUGGAUCGGAGGAGAGGAAAGAGCAGAAGGAUGGAUCGGAGGAGAGGAAAGUGGAUAAGGCUGGAUCGGAGGAGAGGAAAGCGGAUAAGGAUGGAUCGAAGGAGAAGGAUGGAACCGAAGAGAGGAAAGGGGAGGAGGAUGGAAUGGAGGAGACUGACGCCCCUGUUGAUGAACCCACAGCCCAUAACCCAGAGACACAGCUCCCCUCCUCUCCCAUCCCCUCUCCUCCCUCCUCACCACCAUGUAAAAGACGAAGGUCACUAAGGACAAGGGAAAAGCCUAGAGCCCUACGUGACUGUUUAUUAUAAGGGCAGUACUUUAGACAGAGUGAAAAAUGGGAUUGCUGACAACAAUGUUAAUUAGGCUGCCUUUUAAUGGCCCGAGAAACAGAGGAAAACAUAACCAAGCUUACUGUAAAACAAUUCAUACUAGGCUUGUUAUUAAAUUAUAAUAGCAACACAUUUUGUGGAUUAGUGGUGAUUUUUAUAAACCAUGCCUCUACAUGAAUUUGCCCUCUGGAUUUGGUUGCUUUCCUGUAUUCCAAUUAUUUUUUCUUAGCUAUUGAAGACUUACUAUGUCUAUGUUUAAUGUACCUGCUAGUGUUUAGUGAGCUAGUCAACAACCCUUGUUGUUAGCUGCUUACUGUGUGGCAAGAGAUUGAGAUUAGGGUAAAUAGUGGCUAUUGUUUUCGAUGUUACAGUAGUUGCGUAUGUUGGCAAUAGGAUCAUGCACUUCUUCCAGUGUUACCGCACACCUUUCCAAACACUCCAUAUCUAUUUGACUAUACCAACAUAAUUUAUUUGUUUUUUUUGUUAUAGGUUGUCAAGUUAGUCUUCACUUGAAUGUCAUUGUAAUUUUUGUCGUUUCUAUUCUAUAUAAGCUGCCGUAUGGGACUUCAGUCGCCAAGGUUUCUUAUUCAGGUACUGAUGGGGAACGUUUGGGAGCCAGGAUUUAAUGUACUGUCAACUUUCUGAGAAAUGUUUCUCAACAGCUCGGUUUUUGUUUGAUUUGAGUUCCAUAAUGGGUAUAAUAUGCAAGAAAAUGUAUGUGCUGUCCAAUUAUAAUGUUAAAUUGACAUGUAUAUCUUUUUCUAUCACGUUGAAUGUCUUACCCCAAAUUCAACUGAAUGGUUGCCGUGUUUUGUAGAGUUUCAAAUAUUCUGUUCUGAAAUUGGGAUCUUAAAGGAUACAAAUAAAGAUCAACGUGUCGGAAUGGUA